AGUGUGUGAUGGAGGAGGCGGCGGCGAAGGGGUUAAGCCCUCCGCAUUUCGUGGAUGCUCGUUAACCCUUCCCGAGCCGGCUGUGUUAUUAUGCACACCAGGCCCCGCUGCCGUGCGUCUGUGAUAGAACAUGCACAGGAUAAAGGAAAAAGAGGGGAAAAUUACAGAACGGCAGCAGACGAGAGGCUUCAGAUGGAUGCAGCGGAGUGGUACCGCGGGAGACCGGGCUCCCAGCUCUGGAAUAUCCACAGCCAAGUUUACAUCGAGACCACCGACACCACUUACCUGACGCUGGAGGAUGGCAAGGGGACAAGACCCCCGUAUAUGCAGGUGACUAUAGAAGAUGUGCACGCCAACUGCGGGGAGACGGCACAGUUUGAGGCCGUUAUAGACGGGAGCCCCCCACUGACCGUUACCUGGUACAAGGAUAACACGUUGCUGAAGGACAGUGAACGCCUCCAGCUGGUGAGAGACGGCAGGAAGUGCUCCCUGGUCAUACGAAGCACAGUGCGUGGAGAUGGCGGGGUGUACACCUGCGUGGCCAGGAACGGCGGAGGAGAGGUGUCUUGCAAGGCUGAGCUGGUUAUGCAGGAGGACGAGAAAGAAGAAGACACGAAGAUUGUUCCCAAGAGGCGGAAGCUAAAAUCUUUCUUUGAGGUUAAAGAGGAGAUCGGCAGAGGGUCCUUUGGCUUCGUGAAACGCGUCGUGCACAAAGGAAACGGCGUGACGUGCGCCGCCAAAUUCAUCCCGCUGAGGAGCAAGACCCGGGAGCAGGCGUACCGCGAGCGCGACAUCUUGUCGGAAGUGUCGCACGAGCGGAUCACUCUGCUGCUUGACGCCUUUGAGACUAGGAAAACGCUCAGCCUAAUCAUGGAGAUAUGCUGCGGAGAGGAACUGCUGGACCGACUCUUCCGGAAACACAGUAUUACAGAAAGAGAGGUGAAGUUGUAUAUCAGACAACUCCUCGAAGGUCUUACUUAUCUUCAUGAAAAAAAUAUUCUUCAUCUGGACAUCAAGCCGUCCAACAUCCUGAUGGUUCACGCCGACAAGGAGGACAUUAAACUCUGUGACUUUGGGUUCGCCCAGAAAAUAAUCCCGUCUGAGUUCCAGUACAGCAAGUAUGGCUCGCCGGAGUUUGUUCCUCCAGAAGUCGCUGCACAGGCACCUGUGUCUAAGUCUUCCGAUAUCUGGCCUGUUGGAGUUAUCAGCUACUUAUGUUUGGUCAGCGCUUCCCCAUUCGCAGGUCAGAACGACAGAGAGACGCUUAUGAAUGUACAGCAAGGCAAAAUUAGCUGGAGCUGCCCUGGCUUCACCCAGCUAAGUGCCAAUGCCCAGGACUUCAUGAGACAGACCAUCCAGAUGUCUCCGGAUGCACGGCCGAGUGCUACACAGUGUCUCCAACAUAAAUGGUUUGUGGAGACUUCCAGCCCAGAGGACGCACAGCCAGUCAGCUCCAAGAGCCUCCGAUUCCUCGUUGCUCGCAGUCGGUGGCAGCGCUCAUUGAUGUGCUACAAGUCCAUCCUGGUGAUGCGGUCGAUUCCUGAGCUUCUGAAUGGAAAGCAGGAGAGCACUUCACUGGGUGUGCCACGGCAUUUAGUGGAAUGCAGCAGUUCUUCCAGUAGUAGCGGUUCCUCUUCCGAUAACGAGAGCGAUGUCAGCCCUACCGCAAGGGACUGUAACCCUUCUCUGGAAUUGCAUAUGUCUAUUUUCAAAAUGUCUGAAAAAGAUGAUCUGCAACAGCCAUACAUGCCGGAACCUGAGAUGGACAAAGACAAGAAAAGCAUAGCUGAAGAAGAGAAAAUGGAAAGCAAAGAUGUAAUGGCUAGUGAUACCUCUCCCAUGAUUGGGACCAAAAGAGAGCACGAUAAGGCUUCUGGGUUGGGUGAAAGCCAGGAAGAUCCGGAAGAUGAUGAAAAAAUGCUGGUUCAUUCAGUAGAAACAUCGCCAGGAAAGCUUCCUUUGUAUAGAGCUGCAACUAUCGAAGUUGAUAUCCUAGCUUCCAAAAAAGCCAAAACUGGGUCUUUUGUUAGAGGAACUUCAGCAGACAGUGCUCUGUUGCUCCCAACGGGAGCUGAAAAGCCAUCUUCAGUUUGCGUACCAAGGCAGAGUAUCAUUAAUAGCACGUUUUACAAUCAGGCCGGUGAAGGACAAGGCAUAGCUCCCAGAGAUGGCACAUUAAAGGAGAAGGACUUCAUCAAGCACAGAGAGCGAGCACGUAGGAGUUUAAUGAAAGCUGGUUACUCGCAAAAAAUUCUGAGUGGAUUACGAGAGCCAUUGUUGGAGCAGUUUGCAAUGGAGCAGAGAGCACUGGCACAGGAUCCCUCCCAGAUGGACCAAGAUGGUCAACUGGGCUCUCUGAAAAAAUCAGCAUCUUUUGACCUGGCAAAGGUAUCCUUAAGGUCCUCCUUUAAAGUUUCCAGCAGAAGUCGUUCCCUGGAUGACAACAGAUCGCGGACUUUGAGUGUUUACAAAGGAACUGUUGUAGAAGAAAAAGAUCACAUUUCACCAAAAACCUCAAAAGACGCGCUUAACAAAUCAGAUACCGCCAUCACUAAACAGCACUCUGAAGAGUUCUUGGCUGCAACUCCAAAGAUGUCUUCAACACAGAGGCCUCUUUCAGCGCCACCUCCCAAUAGGGAAAAUGCCAUUAUCGCAGUGUUCCAUCAACAACCUUUACAAGAUGCCCCUGAAUGCAAAGCAAGGUCAUCUUCUGCUGUGCUUGAAGGGGAAGAAAGUACAAUAAUAGCUUUUAUUAAACCAAAACAUAUAAUAGAGUCAGAAUUGCUUGUAAAACCUUCCUCGGUGGUGAUAGAAGAUACAGAUAGAGGGCCACAAGCACCUCAGUCACCAGGAAAAGCCUCUCAAGAGAAGCGAGAACCUACAGGUUUACAAACUGGAGUCAAGUUUACAGUCCACACAACAUCUCAGAGAAAUGAGUUCCUUGUUGCGGAUGCUCCAGUAGAAAGGGAACCUGAUAAAGUUAAUAAAUUCUUCCCAAAAGACGAGGAGGGAAAAGAAGAGAUUUAUGCAGAAGGACAAAUACAGGUGGUCCAUUUUAUUGAAGGCAACUCAAGACUAGCAGUGAUACAUCAAGGUGCUGGGGACAUUUUAUCCUUAUCAAAUGAUUCCACAACUCAAGAAAAUGUUGCCCAAUGCCCCACAAUAAUGAGGAUACAGCCGGAACCUGCCCCAACUUUAGUCUUUGCAGGCAAAACCAUGACUGAGCUAGUCACAACGGACAGGCAUGCUCAUGAAGAAAAUGUAAAACCAUUCUUAGAACAACAGUCCGAACUCAAGAGAGAUGACCAUAUUCUAGUUUCUUCAUCUCAAACAUUAGAACAUGGCAUAAAUGUUCCAGGAGAUGGUGUGCAAAUUGCUGGCCAAGAUUUGCAGUUCUCUGUAUAUACAGAUGAACAAAGUGCCACUAUAGAUGAACUUGUAGGUGAGAUGUCUUCUUUGUCUGAGGAGAUGGAGGUGUUGGUCACUGAACAAGGGGAAACAAGCCAAGGAGAACCUACUUUUCCAUCCUUAGUUGACCAAACCGAGGAACCACCGAGAUUAGAAGACUUAGGGCGUUUCACAGGAGAUUCGCAAGCCAUGGAAACAGAGCCCAGUCCAUUGGGCGAACCUACGAAAGAACCACCACUCACGUCAAUCUCACAGUGCAGCUUUUAUGAGUCUCUGUCUCAGGCCCAUGUGUCACCUCCACACCACGAACAGUUUGAGGAGUUCACCGUAGAAAGUUGCAGCUCUAGCAAAACCUUUAUUUCUCAUUCUGACAGCUCUGGGACAGGGAGGAGGUCCGAUAAUUUCUCUGACUUGGAGGAAACUGGCCGGCAUUCAGAAGUAUCGCUUGUGGAGAUAGGAGGGAUCCAUCGUGAUGCACCUUCUGUUGACUCUAACAAAAUUAAACUUGUUCCAUUUGAUUUGGAAUCUAAUCAUCUCAAUGAUUUUUAUGAUAUUUUAAUGUUUCCGCAAAAAGAAAAGCCGGCAAUCUCCUCAGUAAGUUCACAACCCCAGAAAGACUUUGGUGAAGCAGCAAUGGAAACCACAGAGAAAGGAACGACGAAGGACCCAAAGACCACUUCUGCUCUACAGCCAUUGCAGCCCUCUGAUCCUGGUAAGACUGCACUGAAAGAGCGCAAAUCCUCCAGAAAACGCAUCAAACUCUUCCGAACUCAUGUGAAGUCUGAGCCAACAAUGAAACCCGCCGAGUCCAGCCUGAAACAGAAAGUCAAGGCUUCAGUCGCCAACAUUUCACGAAUCAUCAAGAAAAGGCAAGGAAACGGAAAAGCCGCCGUAGGAACAUCGGAAGUCCAUAAAGUCCCUGCACCUGUCCAAGCAGUGUCUGUGCCACCCAAGAAGAAAGGUCUGCCGUCCUUCAGGCUACCUUCCCUCCCAGUCAGGGACAAAGCACCGGCUUUUGUGGAGGAGCUGACGGACCAGACGGUGGUGGUGGGUCACUUGGUGACAUUAUCCUGCAGAACUGCACAGCCGGUCACGAACGUAGAAUGGUUUAAAGAUGGGGUCACCAUUCAGAGUACUGAGCGAGUCCUCAUCUCCUCCACACUGAAGAACUAUCAUCUUCUUACCAUCCUGGUGGUCAACUUUCAGGAUUUAGGUAUCUAUGCUUGUGUGGCCACCAACCCCCUGGGCAGUGCCUCAACCUGCUGCAUUUUAAAGAGAGUUGAAAUCCCAUGCUGCCCCACCAGCCCAGAUGUUGCUCAGGUGUACAAGGACGGAGCUCUGAUUGUAUGGAAACCUGUGGAAUCCAACACACCAGUCACCUACUUCCUCCAGUACAGAAAAGCGAAUGAGGAAUGGCGCGCCCUGACGCUGGACAUUUCGGACUGCUGCUACUCCUGCCAUAACUUGUCCGAGGGUCACCUGUACUCCUUCCGCAUUGCAUGCAUCAGUAAGGCUGGGAUGGGUCCAUACAGUAACCCCUCCCCCAGUGUGAGGAUUGGCUGUCCAGGUCCUGCAAGUUUGUCAGAACUGAGAGAGGCAGGAGGACUAGGCGAGACCCCAGAGGGGGACCAGAGCAGUGACCUACAGACAGAGGUGAAGAGAAAGCUGUCUGAAUCUGCAGACAGGAAAUGGUCAGAGCCUACAGGCAUACCACACGAGAUGGCCAAAGGUUAA